AUCGUCCAAAGUGUACUGGCUCACAUGAAGGACAGCAAGUAAAAACAUAUGAGCAGCCUCAUAGCACCUGAGAGCAGCAGAGAGGCAGCCGGAACAGCCGAAGACAUGCAGAACCACCAAUUGUGCCACGUGAGGAAAAUGAUGAUGAGGAUGAGGAUAAACAACAUCUUAGUCAGACAGUGUCUGGGAGAGAUCAUUGGCACUUUUGUACUUUUGCUGUUCGGCUGUUCCGCAGCAGCUCAGGUGAAGACUGGUGAUCAGUUGAAGGGGCAGUAUCUGUCAGCCAACCUGAGCUUUGCUGUGGGGGUCAUGUCCGCCAUGUACCUCUGCAUGGGGGUGUCAGGUGCUCAUCUGAACCCUGCGGUGUCUCUGAGCUUCUGUGUGCUGGGUGAUCUUCCCUGGCGCUGCCUUCUGCCUUACUCUCUGUCUCAGCUGCUAGGGGCCUACCUUGCCUCUGCAGUUGUCUACACCAUGUACUACGAUGCUAUAAUGAAUUACAGUGGUGGGAUUCUGACUGCUUAUGGUCCUAAUGAAACUGCAUCCAUCUUUGCCACGUACCCCACACCGGGGACUUCCCUACAGACCAACAUCUUUGACCAGGUGGUCGGCACUGCUACACUGUUGUUGUGCAUCCUGCCCCUAAGUGAUAAGAGGAACAGACCUGCUCCUGAUGCCUUGCUCCCACCAAUUGUAGCAGCUGUUGUUUUGGGAAUAGCCAUUGCCAUGUCAUCUAACUGUGGUGGAGCCAUUAAUCCAGCAAGGGAUCUCGGGCCUCGGCUCUUCACUCUCACAGCAGGCUGGGGCACUGAAGUCUUUACGUGCUAUGAUUACUUCUUCUGGGUGCCGCUGGUGGCUCCUCUGUUUGGGGCGUUGCUGGGCUGCUUUUUAUACCAAGUCUUCAUUCAGUGGCACCUUCCUGACUCUGAUCAAGAAACAGUCAAAAGCCAAUCCCAGGACACUGAAAUUAAUUUAAAAGUGGUUGCCCUGUAAUGAAAAACAUAAUGAGCAAACAUCUAUCAUUUACGUCCCAGUUUCCUGUUAUCUUUCAUCAUUAUGAAGCAGAUGUUUAUGGAGUAGUCCAUUGCAAGGCAUCUCACAUGCACAAACACACAUGCACACAUGUAUUCACAACUAUGGCCAAUUUAGAGUUAUAUUUAACUUCUUUUGAUAUUUAAAUAAAUAAAUAAAUAAUGUUAUCUGAUUUGUUAAUAACAUAAGACAGGAAAUGUAACAAGGAGAGCUAUUUCUGCUAAAUGAAUCAUAAUGUAUCUGGUUAGUUCUGGUUAGUAGACUGGAAAGCUACUGAAGUUACUGAAGUUCCACAGUUUUAUCGAAGCCUCCUUUAUCCCUCUUUAGUCUCAAUUUUGAGACUGUUCUACAUGAGCUAAAUUAUACCUUUAUUUAUCUUGGUAAAGAAUUUUUUGUCAUACCUUACUAACAAGGUAAUAAAUGCACCACUUUACAGAAACAGAAUAACAAACUCACUUUGCAUUCCAAGUACUAAAGAUGUCCCAUUCAUUGAUAUACAUUUUCAGUAACAGCUUUCUCCUGGUCAGGAUGGAUCCAGAGACUAUCCUGGGAACACUUGGGCUGAGGUUCAACAAUACCAGUAUAUUGCAGGAGACCAUGCACACAACAUUCACAUAAACCUAGGGGCAAUUUAGUCUGGAGAAUUCACCUACCAGUAUGUCUUUUGGGAGGUGGGAGGAAGCUGGAGAAUCUAGAGAAAACUCAUAGACAGAAAUCCAAGUUCCAGAUCAAAGCUAUCGGAAAUCAAGGAGCUGUGAGGCAGCAAUGCAAACUGCUGUGCCACUGUACUGUACCACCAGCUUACUUGGUACCUGUUGUUGAACUAUACAAAAUAAAGCACAAAAU